AUGUCUCUGACUAGCCAAUCUUACAUUGUCCGCUCGCCGGGCGGGCCAAUAAAGCUUGAAACUAUACACUACGACCGGAUAGGCGACCACGAAAUCCUCGUCCAGAUGGUUGCAACUUCAUUAUGCGCUUCGGAUGUCAAAGCAGUAGAGGGCGCUUUCUUCAUGAAGCCGCCCAUGAUACUUGGCCAUGAAGGUGCCGGAAUUGUGGAGGAGGUCGGAGCAAAGGUUACGGCAUUCAAAAGAGGGGACAAAGUCGUUCUGCACUACAGCAGCUGCAGGUCUUGCGACGCGUGUAACGCAGACGGUGAUCCUUACUGCGAGAAAAUGGAGCAGCUGAACUUUGGAGGCCUACGCGAAGAUGACGGCUCCGGUCGGAUCGCCACGACGGCGGAUGGCCAGCAACUGAACUGCUUCUUCUUCGGCCAGAGCUCUAUGGGCCAGUUUGCCCUUGCCAGGGAGACCAGCGCAGUGAAGGUGGAUGCUACGGACGAAGAACUGAAACUCUUCGCUUCCCUCAGUUGUGGGAUUCAGACUGGAGCCGGCGCGGUGCUCAACGUCUGCAAACCCUCACCAGGUGCUGCUUUCGCGGUGUUUGGCGCGGGAGCGGUUGGUCUGGCCGCAGCUCUGGCAGCCCGACUAUGUUCAGCUUCUCGGAUCAUCAUCGUGGACAUUUCAGAAGAGAAGCUCGGCUUGAUACCUCCGGGACUUGCUACUCAUACCAUAUGCUCGCUGGGGUUGGAACGAGGGUCAGUCGCUGCGCAGAUAAAGGCAAUCACUGAUAAUGAGGGUGUUGAUUAUGCUCUCGACUGUGCUGGAAACGGCGUGCUUGUUGCAGAAGGUUGUGUUGCUGCCAAGAAACGAGGAACGGUGGUCUCUGUCGGUGGUGGGCCUACGCGGGCAUCACUGUAUGUGACCGAAAUGCUCGUCAAGGGGUUGACCUACCGAGGAACACAUCAAGGCGACUCCGUGUCUCAAACUUUCAUACCUCAUCUGAUCAAGCUUUGGAGAUCCGGACAAUUUCCUUUUGACCAGUUGCUGUCGCGUUACAAACUGGAGGACCUGGCAUUGGCACUGGAUGAUUUGAAGAACCAUAAGAUACUGAAGCCAUUACUCGUCACAUCGUAG